CGCUGCGGCCGCACCGCACCGCCAUGCAGCUCCGCCCCGCUGCGGCCGGGAUGGCCGUCCCCCGGCGAAGGAGGGCACACUGGGCAUGCGGAGCGGGCACGUCUACUCUGGAGGGUGGGCAGGAGCGGCUCCUCCCCUGUCGUUGGUAGCGCCCCGUGCGGAAGUGGUGAGCGGCGCCGCGGCGCGGCGGGCUCGGGGCGCCGGCGCCUCAGCGCAGGGCCAUGAGGCACCUGCCGUACUUCUGCCGCGGGGAGGUGGUGAAGGGCUUCGGCAGGGGCUCCAAGGAGCUGGGCAUCCCCACCGCUAACUUUUCUGAGCAAGUAGUUGAAAGCUUUCCAUCUGAUAUCCCUACUGGUAUAUACUAUGGAUGGGCCUGUGUUGGAAAUGGAGAUGUGCAUAAAAUGGUUUUGAGCAUAGGAUGGAAUCCCUUCUAUAAGAAUAUUAAGAAAUCAGUGGAAACACACAUUAUCCACACCUUCAAAGAAGACUUUUAUGGAGAAAUUCUUAGUAUAGUCAUAACUGGAUACAUUCGACCGGAAAAAAACUUUGAUUCCUUAGAUGCGCUCAUUUCGGCAAUUCAGGAAGACAUUGAAGAAGCAAAAAGACAGCUAGAUCUACCAGAGCAUCUUAAACUCAAAGAAGAUAACUUUUUUCAUCUGCCAGAAGGCAAAAUAGUAAACAAUUGCUGAGAAAAACCAUACAGCCUUUUUUGAUUUUUUUUUUGUUGUUAUUUUCUCCUCUGUCAUGGAGUUUUUUUAUUUGCACUGCUCUCAUAGAUACUUUUGUGUUAUAUGUUAGGUGACUGAGAUCAGAACCGACCAUACAAGAUGACUUCAGUUUUCUUUGGUUAAGUCAUCAUUAGCCCAGUCGUACAAAAGAACGAGAAGGCUGUACUAUGUGGUUGUAGAUAAACAAUGUACAAUGUUACCAGGUUACAAUGUAUUACCUAGUGUUACCAGGUCUUUGGAGAUCUGAGCACAUUCAGAAGAUGACCAAAGUUAAUUGUAUCUGUGAGGUGUGGUUAGCUCAUUUAAUGAAGAAUGUUUGUUCUUAACAUAAUGUUCUUCUCCCAUUUUCUAUGUCAUUCUGAGUUUUAGCUUAGAAAAUAUUGGUAUUGAUUGACUCAGAAAAUUCGUGUGAUUAGAUAACAAUAGCAAAAUUAAUUCCCUGUAGUUCUUGGUUUUUUAUAUGCUACACAGCUGUUAUGGUUGAAGCUGUUACUUUAAUUGAAAUUAUUUAUUUUAAGUUUAUUUGAAAUGGGAGAAAUCACUGUUGCUCAUUGUGUUUCUAGAAUCUGAACUAUGUUUCUUCACACUUGACUGAACAUAUAUAACAUAUGAUUGUGUAGUUUAGUUCUGAAGAGGUGUUUCACUUAACUUCAAAAAAUGAGUAAAAGUGUGAAAGCUGAUAAUAAGGUUCAGGCGUAAAAGAUGCAGAAACAAUAUUACGAGACUGCUGCUCAUUGCACCUUAAAGGAAAUAGGUAGUGAGACACGAAUUUGCAUUUUAUGUGCUGCUGGUAUUUUUCAUUGGAAAAUCUUGAGGUUAUUCACUGCACAGGCAAUAAAAUGUCUGACUUCAAGGUUCGCAUUAUUGUAAGGCACAGAAAAAUCUCAUCAACACUCUGCACUAAGUGCAGGUAAGAGCCAAGGUUUUGGCAAACCAAGUAGAUAAAUACACAAAUGAAAACCUUUGGGGAUUUAUUACAUAAUGUAUCUACACUAUAAAGAAUAUUAGUUAUUUUUUAUAAGUAGUUGCAGACAGUCCUACUCUUAAAUGUGGGGAUACAAGUGAGGGUUAGACUAGAUGAUCUCUGAAGGUCCCUUACAACCCUAACUAUUCUGUGAUAGAUAAGUGGAAGGAGUAUGGUGAGAGUUGAUGGUAAUUUGAAAAAUGCUUGGAAAAAAGUAUUCUUUUCCUCUGAUAAAUUUUUCUAUCCCUUGGUGAAUAGAAGGAGGUUAGCUACAGUGACUGUCACAACCAUAACACUUUGACAUCACCCUGUGUUGUGUCUGGGACAUAUUCUGAAAUUCAAAGUACUUAUUUAAGUAUGUCUCAGCUGUGAUUCUCUGUCUGAACUACAAUGUUCAAUAUGGAACGCACAAUUUCUGUAGUGAAAUUUGAUGAAUUUACUCCUAUUCUAAUCUUACUUUUUGCUCUAGAAUUUAAAAGAGUUUUAGCAAGGUAGCUGUUUUGGUCUUUGUGGCAGGUGCUGUCAAGAUGAUAGAUGAUAGUUUCACUUCAUAUUGCUUUAAAUUCUAGCCAGUAUCAUGGGCUAUUAUUAGGGAAGAAGUCUUGAGGAAAUCAAGGGUUCAUGUUUGCUUUUUAGGACUUCAGGAGAAAACUUGAUUUUGCUUAAAUGAAUUGUUCACCAGUGGUGUUGAUAGCAGAGACAGAUACAAUGCAUUUGGGAGAGAGGGACGUGGGACAAUAUACUUUCUUUUAAAAGAGAAGGAAAUAAUUUAGUGGGCUUUUUACUAUGUAACUUGUUGGAAACUGUAUUUCUAAGAAGUCUGUAAAAGAAUUUCUUGCAAGAUUGAUGAUUGGAAUUUUAAAAAGGAGAGAUAAAAGGAGAAAUUUUUUUUGCUAAGAGUUUUUGCAUUCUUCAGAUUGUAGUAACAUUAAAAUCAUAUACUUUACUACUCCUUCUAGAGACUAAACAGAGCCACACUAGUCAACGGAGAAUGUUGUUAACAUUAGGUUGCUGUUCAUCAUGGUACUGUAGCUAAACACUCAUAGCUGCCUUUAACAUUGAUUUUUGCCAGUAAUGUCUUGGGUCUGUUGUGGAAACUAUGGUGCCUUAGGCUGGUUCUGAAUAAUACUUUUCUGUAUCUGCUAAUAAAUGCCACUAUCCAAAAUUCAACUCACCAUUUGAUUGUAGAACUGCUGUGCUAUGGCUAAAGAGCAGUAGCAAAGGGAAAACAUGAAAGACUUAGCUUGCUCUCAAAUCCUAGCUGAGGUAUGAUAUAUGGACACACUGAACUAAGAAACUGCUCUGUAUGUGUUUGUCUUCAGAUGUGUUAGUACAUCCAUUUGGCUGAGUGUACCUGACCAUAUUAUUUAAGAGAAAAUGUUAUACAUCACUCUUUAAGCUCAAUACAUAAUUCCUAGCACAGUAUAAACUUUAUUUUUGUAUUAUGUACAAGUAGCUGUAUUUUGGUUGAUGUUGUUGCACUGUACUGUUACUAAAGGAACUGUAAUUGACAAAGUUA